UUAGUCUCUACCGCAAACAGGAACGACCGAUUUCAUCUCCUGAACGACCCUUCGAUCCCUAAACCAGAUAUUGACACCGCCAUUCAUCCCAUCUUCCGCGCAUCGAACUUUGCCAAUGCCAGCCCCCGAAUCUAUCGAAAUCUCCAGCAAGCACUCCGGCUGGCCUCUACAUUCCUCAAGUACGACUCCGUAUUAGAAUGGUUUGUGGCCCCUCUGAUGGGACUUCCAUUAGUCGACCUGCAUAGCAGGAAGACCUACUUAUCAGACCCCCUAGCGUACACAACAAAAGCGGAGAGACGAAAACUCAUUGGCAGGGUACGACGAGCACUCCAAUGCCUCUCUCACUCGGUACAGUUCCAGUUCCUCACAAACUCGGAUGUCAAGUUCUACGCUCGCACGACGUUUCGCGAGGCCCGACCUGUCCACAAAGCUACCUGCACACAGCACUUCAGGUCGCCAAGGUCUGUUUUGAUCGAACUGCGGAAGCAAUAUUACGACUUCCUCCACAACCAUUAUGAGUCCAGCGACCCCUGCGAGGUUCUGCGCCACGACUUCUGUCUGGGAGUGGCGCUAGUCCACGAAAUCUGUCACGCGGUAGGUGUAAUGCGUCGCAACAAUCUCAGCGAGCCAUGUAUUCGGCUCGAUCAUCUUGACCAACCCGAGUUCGGCUACGCUUGGGAGAACUUCAUGUUCGGGGGGAUCAUUAAUCCCUUUGAUCAAGUUUCUAGCACUGUUUCCUUUCUCAUGCGGAAAGUUUGGUCCGACGACAAGACUGCCUAUGCGGCUGGAGGUAAGGAGUGGUCUACCGUUCCCAUGUCUUAUAUAGCCCAGUGGUUUCAAAAGCGGACCUGGGAGAUCGUAGCAUUGCGUGGACCAACUGCGAUUCCUCCGCCUAUUGUGCGCGUCAAAUUGCGG